GCUGUGCUUUACGGCAAGCCCUUUCCCCACGCGCAGGCGCUGCCGCCUGGAGGGGCAGGUUUGAAGUUGGCUAUGGCAGUUCCGUUCCUGUGGAAGGCAGCUGCGUUGGUAGAGAAGCACAGAACUGGCUUGUUGGCAGUUUCCUGCUCAGGACUGUUUGGGGCUAACCUUUCCUAUCAUGUCUUUCCCGAGCAGACGUUCAAACUGUGGUAUCAGUGCUGGUCUAAGGGGCAACCAGCUGAGCUCUCGGAGAAACUACGCAGCCUCUUCCAUGAUGUUCUGGAAGAUGUUGGCGUGAAGUCCGUGAAUUGUUACCAACCCUUUGCAGCUUUUGGCUUCCACCCAGUGAGUGCUGGGAUCCCGUGGCUGCCAGCAGGCUCUCUGGUGGGCAUCCCUGCCAAUUUCAAUAGCACUGCGGCGGACAGACAAGGAAUUGUCAACCGUGUCAUCGUGAUAAAUGGCAGAGAAGUGGAUUGGGAGAGUAAACAAGGGCUAGCUUUGAAGGAAGCCUUGAUGUUUUCACCAGAGGCUCAGAAGUUUGCCAUUGCCAGAGAGAUUGUGUACUUGCAAAGCAAUAGCCCUGUAGUUUAUGCAGCUGUGCCUCCUACUUGCUUAGCUGGCACCUGUCUGUCUGGGGUGGCUAUAAAGCAGCUUCUGGGCUUGUAUUCUGGCCCCAGAGUGUUUCGAGGCAUUUAUAACAUCACCAUUGCAGCAAUCGGACUUGUCGGCUACUUUCUUGCUUAUGAUGCCGUGAGCCACGCACUAGACUACAGGUUGGACAGAAGGGCGGCCACUAUUUCCAAAGACUACGCCAGAGGUGGGGUGGAAUUCUAUGACAAAAUCCUGUCCCGCAACAGGACUCUCCGCAUGCUUUUGGGCAAACAAGGAGAGAAAAUUUAUGCCCCUAGUGGUAAUCUUUUCCCUAGGUACUGGUUCAGAUUAAAGCACGCUCCAUACACUUCCAGAAGAGACUUGAUCAUUAAUAUUUUAAGAGUGCCCCAGGCAUAGGAAGGGAGUGAUUGGAUUUUAAACUUGUGAAUUAUGUAUUCUCUUGGAACGCCACUGUACUGCCUUCCUCUCCCCUCCCCUGCAACUUCAUUUGUGCGCUGUUUUUUAUUUUUGCAUAUAGUCUGGAAAUAGUGUUUAAUUUUUCAUUCACUGGACACAUAUCUCUUAAAAAAAUUAAAGACCUAUUUCAAAAGUC